AUGGUUUAUGCAUCGAUGGUUUUUGCACCAAUGGUUUAUGCAUCGAUGGUUUUUGCACCGAUGGUUUUUGCAUCAAUGGUUUUUGCACCAAUGGUGUCUGCAUCGAUGGUUUUUGCACUGAUGGUUUAUGCACCGAUGGUUUCUGCAUCGCUGGUUUUUGCACUGAUGGUUUCUGCAUCGUUGGUUUUUGCACUGACGGUUUCUGCAUCGAUGGUUUUUGCACCGAUGGUUGCUGCAUCAAUGGUUUUUGCACUAAUGGUGUCUGCAUCGAUGGUUUUUGCAACGAUGGUUUUUUCAUCGAUGGUUGCUGCAUCGAUGGUUUUUGCACUAAUGGUUUCUUCAUCGAUGGUUUUUGCACCGCUGGUUGCUGCAUCAAUGGUUUUUGCACCGAUGGUGUCUGCAUCGAUGGUUUUUGCACCGAUGGUUGCUGCAUCGAUGGUUUUUGCACCGAUGGUGUCUCGGCACUGUCAAAAUGGGGAUGAGCAUGAUAGUGAUGUGCAUGAGGAAGUGGAAUAUAAGCAGAAAGUGCAAGUUUACGUGCUGCUUCAGCUUGAGCUUUGAGAAAAUCAUCAAGCACAAGUCCAGCCUCAAGGCAUGGAAUAGUAAUGGCGAAAGUAACCAAGAAAAUAAAUGCAAUCUUAGUAGAACUUCCUGCCAUUAUUUUCCCCAUGCCUAUCUUUUGUGUGUUGAUCCCUUUAUAUAUUUAUUGUUUGUGUUUAUCUAAUUCUUUUGUUUGCUUUUAUACUUAUAAAUGUCAAGGUCUUGAGAUUAAUUUGGCAACCCUAUACCAAUCAAACCCAAGUUAAUUUGGACCUUAGAAUAAUCCUUGGUUUGUGUUGUUUGAUAGAGUAUAAAUUU